CAGUCAGUUGAAAUUUCGAGAGGAAGCUCGACAUCCUAAACACUUUCAUAUACUUUCUUCGAAAAACUCUCCAGUGGACGAAGGCUAUUCCAAAAUGUCUGACGCUGGAUCUGAAACCGCUUCCAACGCUCCCGCCGCGGCUGAAGUCGAGGUGGUCGAGACUACCACUGAGAAAUCUGGACCUAUGUCGGUCGAAGAUGCCUUGCAAGAGGUCAUCAAGACCGCUUUGGUCCACGAUGGAUUGGCUAGAGGAUUGAGGGAAUGUGCCAAGGCUCUUGACAAGCGAGAGGCUCACCUUUGUGUCUUGGUCGAGACUGUGACUGAGGCCGAAUACCUCAAGCUCAUCGAAGCUCUCUGUACCGAGCACAACAUCCAGCUUAUCAAGGUCUCUGACGCCAAGGUCCUCGGACAAUGGGCUGGGCUCGCUAAAAUUGACCGAGAGGGCAAACCCCGAAAGGUUGUCGGAUGCUCCUGUGUCGUCAUCACCAACUACGGUCAAGACUCGCCCGCACUUCAGGUCCUCCUCGACUACUUCAAGUCCCGCUAAGCGGUCAGCUGUUUGUCCAAAGAGUUCCCGUUCACCAAGGUCAUACUUGGUAGCGAGCCCUUGAGAUAAAUAGCGGCAUAUGCUUGUAAUGCAUCAAUGCAGAGCUUGGAAUAGAAUGCUGUUCAUAUCUUGCUUUUUACCUCGCCAACUGUUGCAUAUCCUCCAGCAUGCCCUUGUGCGCAUUCAUCGCUUCUAUCGCCUGUUCACCGUGUUCUCG